GCGGCCAUAUGCCGCAUCUUUAAUUACCCGUCACAAGUUUUCCGAAAAUGACACAGGUAUUAUUAAAACGAUCUUUUCAUAUUAUCAUCUUUGAACUUUGAUGAUGAGGUUGCAUAGGAUACAAGAGGGAAGCAGCAACAAAUUUAAAUAUUUAUCUUAUUGCACAAAUUUGACCCAAUUUGAUGCUUCGUGAUAAAUCAACCAACUGAUAAUCUAACCCAAUUAUUAAUUUUUGAUUAUCUUACUUUUUUUAAAAUUCUUUCUCUCUCUAGAUCACCCGGUUUGCGUGCACUAUUUGAGCUGUUUCUUACCAAAAGUCAGCGCACUUCUCUCUCUCCCCUUUCUCUCUCUACAGUACUUUGCUCUCUUCUUUUUUUUUCUUCUCUUCAUUUUUUGUUUUCUACUAAUAUUAUUCCUUCUACUUAACAUUAAGCUUAUAAGCUUGCUUUAAUUUGCUUCAUCUUCAGUUUAUGUGUGUUAGUAAUUCAUUUUUGUCGAAAUAUGGACAACUAUUUAGGGGAUCUAGCAGAUAUAGUUCGAGCUAGCGGAGGUAAUGGCAUAAUAGGCAACCACACAACAGCAACCGCAACCACAAGUGAUCAAUUUGGUUUAUCGAACCAAGACUCGUACCAGCUAAUAAGGAAUAACGAUGCCUAUUCAUUCCCUGCAGACACCCUACUCCGCAACAUCGAUGCUAUAUCAACGUCGUCCACUACUUUCCUCGACAACAUGGGAGUCGAUGACGGGGGUCAAGGUGGAGGGAGGUUAGCUAGUGGUGCGGAUGGACUUGUGCAACAAGUUACGGGACCGUCGCAAACACCGGGUAUUAUCAACAACGGUUUAUGUAAUAUAUUCUCUUCUAAUAAUAUGGUUCAGAUCUUACCAGAUAGUAAUAAUACUAGUCAUAAAGCUAUUGAUAAUAACGGUAAUAACUGCAGUAGUAGUAAUAAUUAUAGUGAUGGGAAACUUCCCUUCCUACCUGCAGCAGCAGCAGCCUCGCCUAAGGUUGUAAAGUCGGCUGCUGCGGUGGGUUAUAGAAUCAUGUCUAACCAAAUGAUAAGCAUGAAUAAUGCUAGCUGUAGUAGCAGCCCUAAGGGUGUGUUUGUUGACGGCUCUACAACCACCGCCGAUGUACAGCAGUUGCAAAUCCCGUCUCCGCGAAAUCAUGGUAUCAAAAGAAGGAAAAUACAAGCUAAGAAAGUGGUGUGUAUACCAGCACCAGCAGCACUAGCAGCAAACAGCAGGCAAACAGGAGAAGUGGUACCUUCUGAUCUUUGGGCAUGGAGAAAAUAUGGUCAAAAACCCAUCAAAGGUUCUCCUUAUCCUAGAGGCUAUUAUAGAUGUAGUAGUUCAAAGGGAUGUUCAGCAAGAAAACAAGUAGAACGAAGUCGAACAGAUCCCAAUAUGUUAGUCAUAACAUAUACAUCCGAACACAAUCAUCCUUGGCCAACCCAAAGAAACGCUCUAGCAGGCUCGACUAGGUCAUCUCAACCAGCCUCGAAAACCUCUUCCAAGGCAUCAUCACCACCCUCACAAAAACCAAGCAACAACAAAUUUCGUAACAUACUCAUCAAGGAAGAGAAUGAAAAUGCUUCAACAACCACCGCGACAACUUUGUCUACGGUCAAAGAAGAGGAGACCAAACUCUACGAUGACCGGCUAGAUAGUAACAAGGUGGACGAAAUAAUUGAAAGUUAUCGUCCACUUAUCUUGCCCGAGCCAAAGACUAGUAAUGGCCGUGACCAACAAAGUGAUCAAGAUUUUUUCGCCGAUUUAGUUGAGUUCGAGAGUGAUGAUCCUCUAGAGAUAUUUGGUACUCAAGGGUGCAAAGGGUUUGAUUCUUUUAGUGGUCUAUUUGAUUGGGCAACAAACAACAACACACCUACAAAUGAAGAAAAUAAUGAUCAUACAACAUUAUCUUUGGACCAAGAAAAGUUUAAGAGGUGAUGUUUGAUGAUACUAUUUUGAUGAAUUAAUAUAUAAUCAUAUAUACAAUUUUUUAUAUUUGAAGUAUCAUCAUGCACAUUUGGUUCAAUAGAAUUUGUAUAUCAACUAAUGGUGGCUAUAAUAUAAGCUAGAGAAAUAAAGAUGAUUUUAGGAUUAUUCGUUCAUUUGAAUGAAUAAGAUGGGCCUUUUAUACAAUUGGUGCCAUAGUUGACCAUUUUUUAUGUAAAGUGGUGAAAUUGUCAUGGUCUCCAACAGUUUUAUACAACCACUUACGUACGAUAAUUUUGUAUAUAGAAUAUAUGUAUAUGUGUAUGAUGUUUUUUAAUCUUAAUAACU